AUGGGGUGUCUGUACAGCCAUCGGGGGCCCCCUGUCGGUGUGUGUGUGGGGGGGGCCCCUGUGUGGGGUGCAAACGCAGCUGCAGCAGCAGCAGCAGCAGCAGCAGCAGCAGCAGCAGCAGCAGCAGCAGCAGCAGCAGGAGCAGGAGCAGGAGCAGCAGAAGCAGAAGCAGCAGCAGAAGCAGGAGAAACAGUAGCAGCAGCAGCAGCAACAGCAACAAAAGAAGCGGCAGUAGCAGAAACAGAAGCAGCAGCAGCAGCAGCAGCAACAGCAACAGCAGCAGCAGCAGCAGCAACAGAAGGGAGAGAAGAAGAUGAAUAG